AUGGAUUUCUCCAACCAGUAUCAGUUUGCUGGCACCCAGCAGCCGGCGGGUUACAACCCUUUUAUGUCUGUUGAUCCCUUGACGCCCUCUCGCUCACAAUCAGACGAUUAUAACGGUUCCUCACCUGAAGUCUUUGAUUCCAUUCCUGCCAAUGAUGGCUUCCAGACCUUCGACUAUCCCCAGAGCUUCUCCCAGCCGCCCCAGCAGAGCUCCAUCUUCACCGCCAACGGCGGUCCGCCGACACCCCCCAACCAGUCUGCAUUCGGCCAGCAACACUCGAAUUCCUUCGCCAACGGCAGCUUCGGCCAUGCCGGCGUCGCCAUGGCCGGGGCCGAUAUGGGGUCCCAGAAUAAGUCCGAGUCCGACGAUGCGGGCAACGGCCGGGCUGGAAGCGAGGAGGAGAACAUGACUCCUGCUCAGUCCAAGCGAAAAGCCCAGAAUCGAGCUGCUCAACGAGCCUUCCGCGAGCGAAAGGAGAAGCACGUCAAGGACCUCGAGGCCAAGCUUGCCGACCUCGAGGCGGCCCAGCAGCACGCCUCGGCCGAGAACGAGCGCCUCAAGAGGGACCUCCAGAAGGUGUCGACCGAGAACGAGAUCCUCAAGGCGACGACGACCACCGGCGGGCGAAACCUCCAGUCCUCCAGCUCCCCCGAGCCGCUGGUCACCGGCCCCAUGCGCUACAACCCGACCGAGUUCGCCUCGAGCGUCCUACAAGGCCACCAGAACAAGCAGUUCUCCCACAGGAUCGUCCAGUCGUCCGACGGCCAGAGCCUGUAUGCUGCCGGAGCCGCGUGGGAUUUCAUCAUAUCCCACGAGCUCUUCAAGCGCGGCCUGGUGGAUAUCAUCAAUGUCAGCGAGCACCUGAGGACGCGCGCGGUGUGCGAUGGCCAGGGCCCCGUCUUUUCUCAAAAGGACAUCGUUGCUGCCAUCCAGCUGAGCGUUGCCAACGGCACUGACAACCUCAUCUAA